GCGGUCUCGUCUCUCUCUUUUCAGCUCAGCAUAAUCUGUUCACACCGAGGCGUACAAGAUGGCGAAAUGAGUGGGUUGCGCUUUGAGAAGAAAGCAGCGACUCACUAACGUUACAAUUUCUUCAGCGCUUAAACGUCGAGCGUCUUGAUGUACGUUUGUAAAAGGGGUAAAAUACAUCGUUAAGGAGAAAACCCGUCCCUCAGAGCGAGGUGAUUUGACGAAAGCGUCGAGGACGUCGACUCCGUGUCCUUUAGGGCUAAGCUGCUAGUCAGCUAACGUUAUUCGGGGAACUUCUCAACAGAAAAAAAGCCACAUCCUCAGGGGAAAUAGUCCUGUUUUUUUACUUCGAUGUCAAGACAUCGAUUGUCCUAUUGAAACCAAUGUCCGCUAUCAUCUCAGUUUCGUCGCUGUGAGCUGUUAAGGACACCGCCAACGAAGAAGAUAUAUAUUUUGAGGUAGCUAACGUUAGCAUUGUUUCUACGGGACCGAAUCUUCAAGUGGGAGAAACCCCCCUAAACCUCACCCUUUCACUCACUUUCAGAAAACUUCCCGGAUUAUUUAGGACAUGGCCAGCAGCAGUGGCUCCAAAGCCGAAUUUAUAGUCGGUGGGAAAUACAAGCUUGUUCGAAAAAUCGGAUCUGGGUCCUUUGGUGACAUUUAUUUGGCAAUCAACAUCACAAAUGGAGAGGAGGUAGCCGUGAAAUUGGAGUCACAGAAAGCCAGACAUCCUCAACUCCUUUAUGAAAGCAAGUUGUACAAAAUUCUCCAGGGUGGAGUCGGGAUCCCACACAUCAGGUGGUAUGGCCAAGAAAAGGACUAUAACGUCCUAGUGAUGGACCUACUGGGGCCAAGCCUGGAGGAUCUCUUUAACUUCUGUUCUCGCAGAUUUACAAUGAAAACCGUUCUAAUGCUUGCCGAUCAGAUGAUUAGCAGAAUCGAGUAUGUGCACACAAAAAACUUCAUCCACAGAGAUAUCAAGCCAGACAACUUUUUAAUGGGUAUUGGCCGUCAUUGUAAUAAGUGUUUAGAAUCUCCAGUGGGGAAGAGGAAAAGAAGCUUGGCUGUUAGUUCUUCUCAGGACCCAUCUUUCUCAGGAUUAAACCAGUUGUUCCUCAUUGACUUUGGUCUGGCCAAGAAAUACAGAGACAACAGGACACGACAGCACAUACCAUACAGAGAAGACAAAAAUCUCACAGGCACAGCUCGCUAUGCCAGCAUCAACGCGCACUUGGGCAUUGAGCAGAGUCGACGAGAUGACAUGGAGUCGCUAGGAUAUGUGCUGAUGUACUUCAACAGAACCAGCCUGCCAUGGCAAGGACUGAAGGCUGCGACAAAGAAACAGAAGUAUGAGAAGAUUAGUGAGAAAAAGAUGUCGACCCCUGUUGAGGUGUUGUGUAAGGGGUUCCCAGCAGAGUUUGCCAUGUACCUGAACUACUGUCGUGGGUUGCGGUUUGAAGAAGCACCGGACUACAUGUACUUGCGUCAGCUUUUCCGCAUUCUCUUCAGGACUCUAAACCACCAGUAUGACUACACGUUUGACUGGACCAUGCUGAAGCAGAAAGCAGCACAGCAAGCAGCCUCCUCAGGGGGACAGGGGCAACAGGCACAAACCCCCACAGGUUUCUAAGCAUUAAGACAAUGUAAUGAAGCAGAGCAGAGUUGGUCGUAGCAGGAUUUGCCUUCCGAUCACAUCCCGGCAUCUAGGAUCAAAUUCACCAGACCCUGCCAGGCACUGUGGGCAACCUUUUUCCUGUUAAAGAACUUUUGUUCCAUAUACUAUAUAUGUAAUCGGUAUAUAUAGAUAACAUGCUCUGCAUAUAUCUAUAUAUUGGUAUGUAUAUACUAUAUUCACACAGAAAGCAGGCUUGGUUUUGGAGAUGGAAGCUGUAGCCUUUUCUAUUGUCCUGUUCCUUAAGACUUUUACCCCCUCCUUUGAAACUGAAAACUGUAGAAUGUGGUUGACUCACUGGGGAUAUGUGUGCACAUGCCAAUAUUUUCCCGAGUUUUCUCCUUCAGGAAAGCAGUUUGGGUCCUCCUUCAGUUUUCGGUUGCCCAUAAGAGCAGUUUUGUCCCGUUACCCCUUCAUCUAUCGUCACCAAGAGUGGCACGAACCCAGACAUUCUUCUGUCAGAAUGGAGACAUCUGAGACAUUGUCGUCCUUCAGUUUUUUUUCUCAAGCAAAGUUGUUUUAAAUGUAUCUAAAUAAUUACAAGGCAAACAUUGGAUUUUUUUUUCUAAAAAGAUAAAAACAAUUCUGCCUGCUGAUGUGCUAGAGAGCUUCUAAUGUGAAGAUAAAAAAAACAUUCUAGUGACUACUAGGUUUCUCUUUAGAACGCUGCAUUAACUAUAUUGUACUUGGUAUUCUGAAGUCUAAAAAAAUAAAUAAAGGAAUAAACUCCACAAAAGCAUAUUCAUUACAAAUUAGGCAUCACUAAACCUGUAUGUUAACUGCUUAGAUGACAAUUGUAUGCAUCAAUGAUCUGGGUUUUUGUCUUUUUUUUUUAAAGUUCAUGUUGAUUUGAGAAGGUAACCGUUCGUAAGAUUAAUUGCUAUGAUAGCCUCCAUGUUCUGUCUUGAGAAAAAUGUGCUCACUCCACCCUUCCCAUUACCAUUUUAUAUGCAUAUAUCUUUUUUUUUAAUCAGAAAAAAACUAUACUUUUUCAGUUUUAUAGAGUUGUCUUUCCCUUGUAUUAAAUUGAUAAUUUUGGGGAAGGGUUUUUUGUUGCUUCUUCCUGUGGUGAAGCAGAUCCUCUUGUAAAAUAUCUCUGGGACUUUCUCUCUGCAACAAGUUUUUUUCGCUGCGGUUCAGUAGCGAUCUUUUGCUCAUUUCAUUUUUUUAAUGCAAAAAGUGUUGGAGGGUUUCUUUUCUAUAUAGUUUUGGUCUUGUGAGGCAAGAGCAGUUUUGUUUGUUUGUUUGUUUUCUUCAGCCUUUAGCCACAAGGCACACAAGUAACUUGGCUUUUUCCCCUAACCUCCAAACUGUCCCUCAGAACCAGCUUAAAAUACUUGACAGCUGGGCAUUCUAUAAGAGUGUAAUUUAUUCCCUUUUAGCAUGUCAGAAUAAAUUAAAAUGACUUCUCAUAAUUGCUGUCCCAGUCUCUGUAAUUUUACAAAAAUGCAUGCAAUUGGAUCACUAGGUUUUAUCGCCUCCUUUGCCCUUUAUUCAGGUAUCAAGUCUAUAGUCAUUGCACAUAUAUAUUAACCUUCCACACAACCAGGCAUCAGACUUUUUGUUGUUUUUUUUAAACAAUGACAUGCUUUAGAGAAAAAGCUUAAUGCUUGUAUCUCAAAAAAGGACGCGUCGAAAAAUGUUUGUCCCAAAUGUUGAGAGGGACAUCUUUGUGGUGAGAGCGAAAGGUGUUUCUUUAUUUCAGGAAAGUUGUUCUUGUGGGGGUGGUGGGUAGUUCUAGGUGCUCGUGGUGUUUUAAAUAUCCAGGAUUUAUAUCUGUAAAUAUUAAAAUGGCUUCAAAUGGCA